AUGGAAAAGAUCCCUGAUGGGCAACACGAAAACAUAGCAGAGCCUGCAAUUAAGGAAAACGUGAAAUUCUGCUUACCAUGUAUUGCUUUCAAAACGUUCCGCCAAGUUGGAAUCACAAUCUCUGAAAGUGUUAAAACUUUUAUGCAAGAUCAUGAAAAAGUAGAUCCCAAAUCACCACCACCAUCUAUAUCACUACCAAUAAAUGCUACUGUACAGACAAGACAACCUAUUGAAACAGACUUAAUACCUGGUUCUAGAACUUAUACAAGAGAAGAUCCUCCCGACGUACAAAACUUGGGAGCUUCAUCAUGGACAUUUUUGCAUGCAAUGACCGCCAAAUAUCCUGGUAAUCCAUCGGACACUCAAAAAAUGGAAAUGGAAAGAUUCUUGACCCUGUUCUCCCAUGUUUAUCCUUGUAAUUGGUGUGCGAAAGAUUUUGAAAAAUUCAUACAAGAUAAUUCUCCCAAAGUUGAAUCUCGAGAAGAAUUAGGGAGAUGGAUGUGCGAGGCACAUAACCACGUCAAUGGUAAAUUAAAUAAACCUAAGUUUAAUUGUGAUUUUUGGGAAAAAAGAUGGAAAGAUGGAUGGGAUUAA